GGCAGGGGGUCUCGGGGCAGCGCGGCUUUGGGGUGCCUGGGGGAGCGGGGGCGCACAGGGCGGUGAGGAUGGAGGGGGGGGGACGGGACACACACGCUCCUCCUGCGGCUUUCCGUGCUCACACGAAGGGCUCCGCUAAAGGAUGGGGAUGCCCUGCCCGCUGUGCCGCGGCUGGCUGCGGGAUUUGGGGCUGUUUGGCCCAAGAAGGAGAGCGAGCGCUCGCCGCGACCGCCCAUCCCGACGCAGGCCGGGUACCACCUCCCAGCCCGGGCAGCUGCGGGGGCAGGCACGGUCCAGUGCCACAUCCCCUCUCCCAUCUCCUCCGCAGGCCUCCUCUCCCCUCCCGGCCCCGUGGGGCUCCGUCCUGGGGGUGGCCAGGGACAUGGUGGUCCUGCGGGCUGGGCUCUGCCCUGGUCUCAGCGAAGAGAUGAUCCAGCUUCUCAGGGCGAACGGCAUCAGGACGGGUAACGGGGCAGCGGCGGGGUCCCGGCUUGGGGAACAUCAAUCCCCUGCACGUUUGGGGUGGCACCACGCUCUCCUCCCGUGCAGGGCCCGUCUGCCAGCCUGGGUGGUCUGGGCUGUGGGGCAGCCCCUGGAAAACAUCUGCUGCCUUUGUGGUUUUAUCCUUCUGGUAUCCCUCCCAUGUCCUCCUUGCUGGGUGUCUUCUGGGUCCCCCCGGGUGGAUAUGGUGACUCAGGACUCCCCCAUAGGAGCAGGACAUGUGGUGGACUUUGUGUCAUCAGACCUGGAGGACGUUGCCCAGAAGUGUUCCCUGUCUUACAAGGCGCUGGUUGCAGUGAGACGUGUGCUCCUGGCCCAGUUCUCUGCCUUCCCCACCAACGGAGCAGACCUCUAUGAGGAGCUCAAGAGCUCCACGGCCAUCCUGCCCACUGGGAGCCCGAGCCUGGACCAGCUGCUGGACUCUGGGCUGUACACGGGGGAGAUGACGGAGCUCAUGGGAGCGCCGGGCAGCGGGAAGACACAGGUGUGCAUGGGCAUUGCGGCCAGCGUGUCUCUCGGCCUCAAGCAGCACGUCCUGUUUCUCGACUCCACGGGGGGAUUUACUGCCUCUCGUCUCUACCAGAUGCUUCGAGCCCAGGCGCAGGCCGAGGAAGAGCAGCUGGAGGCUCUGCAGCGGAUCCAGGUGGUCCGUGUCUUCAACAUCUAUGAAAUGCUGAGCGCCUUGCAGGAGCUGCGGGAUCGCCUCUCCCAGCAGGUCGUGAGCUCCACGGGACCUCUCAAGAUGGUGGUGAUCGACUCUGUCUCGGCCGUGAUUUACCCGCUGCUGGGCGGCAAGCAGUCGGAGGGUUUGGCCGUCAUGAUGCAGCUGGCCAGGGAGCUGAAGACACUGGCCAGGGAGUUCAGCCUCGCUGUUGUGGUGACUAACCAGGUGACAAGGGACAGCAGCACGGGUGCACUGAAGCCAGCCCUCGGCCGCUCCUGGAGCUUCGUGCCCAGCACCCGGGUGCUGCUGGAGAUCAAAGAAGCCGCCUGGGAGAAAGCCACCAUGCAGCGCGUCGCUUCCUUAGCGAAGUCACCCCGGCAGCCGACGGGGAUACAGGUGGAGCUGGAUAUUGGAUACGGUGAUGUGCAGGAGCCAAACCCAGCGACACCCCCACAGGGGCUCUGAUGCGGGCGGAAAAGCAAAUGUCAAGGUCCAAGAGAGCUGCAAAAAAAAAAAAAAAGCAGGCAAGCACACUGAAGGUUUUACAGACCGCCUCCGAGUCCUGCAGCCCCAGGAAGCACCAACGUGAAGAAGCUCUUGCUCUUCUGCGCUGGGGAGAAAAUGAGCGUGGGGUUCCCUGGAGACACCCUCUGGAGUGGGCAGCACGACAGCCGCGUCCUCUCCUCUGCUGCAGGCUUGUCUUCAGCCAGCAGCGCCAGCCCUGUCCUAAGGUGUUGGCUUGGGACCAGGGGGCACAACCCUGCACGAACCCGUGACUCCUCGUGGUGGGAUUGUUCCCCGCCCCCGGAGCUCUGGUCCCGGAGCUCUGAUCGUCCUUGCGCAGCCCACAGUGGUCUGGGGUUAGAAAUAACAAAGAAGAUGUUGCACACUGCUGUGUUUCUUCAGAGCUGGAAUUCGAUAAUGGCGACUGCUGUUAACUUAAUUAAAAGUUUGAGGUUUAGUCCCUAGCAGGACUGGGGUGGGACAGGCUGUUGAUGAGAAGGGACAUAAUCGGAUGCUUGAUCUGACCUUAUCCCCAGAGUUACACCAGACCCUGUAGGGAACGGCUGGUAUUUUUGGGGCACUGCUGUGUCAAGAAUUGCUGUUAACUGAUGAAGGUUAUAAUCUGGCUCAGCUGGGGCGGAUGAGUCUGACUGACACCAGCUGGCCCUGCCUGAUGCUCAAGGACCUACUCAAUUGCAUGUGUUUAAAUAGUUUUAAAAUAAUCUCUCCUUGCUCUAGUGCUUUCCAGCUGCUCUCGCUUGCUCUGGGCAACCUCCUGGGGGCUUGUGCAGUGCCGGGGAGGAGGCGGGAGGCUGGGAUGGAGCAUGGCCUCUCCUCGUGAUCCCAGAUAUCUCAGACACCCUCAUCUUCUGCUUAAUAAGAAACCUCUUGGCAGGUGAGCUGAGUUAGAGGGUUGCACCUCCGAAGCUGCUGAUGUAGAUUGUGGGGGCUGGGACUCAUCAGGGCAUGCUCGUUAAAUUAAUAACACAGCAGUGCAGCUCUUGGAGCCUUCUAAGGCUGUUGCCGGGCAAAGAGGAGUCUGAUUUGGCAGAGAGGCCUCUGGUUUAGCCAGAACUUGGGAGCUAAUUUCUCCAGAGUAGACAUAAUACCGUACAGCCCUGUAAGCCUGAGCAAUAGCUGCUGGAGGGAAGGGGCAGCUAAAAAGGGGUAUGUGAGCACAUAUUUUGGUUUCUUAAGGGAUGGUGCCAGGUCUCGGUACAGACUUUUGGUUUGCACAUCUGUCAGAGCCGUGCUUCCUGCGAAACUGAGCUCUGGGUGCUGCCGGGGCUGUGAUUUACCUCCUCCAUCGCGGCCCCCCAGCCCCUGCGGCCCCGGGGCUGUGGAAGGGCUGAGCUCCCAGCGGCUCCUGCCCGAGGAGGGGAACGUGCCAAAGCAACGCGAGCUGUACCAUUGAACAGUUUUCAGUGGAAAUAAAUGUCUUUUAAAGUUGUUGUAUUUCCUUGCGUUUCUGGGCUUUCCAAGCUUGGGAAGGGGAGUUUGGCCCCAGGGAUUGCAGCCCGGCUGGCUGGAGCAAGGAGGAGGAUGGGUUUUGCUGUCUC